AUGGUCUUCGUCAUGCUUAGACGUACGAACUCUCGCGAGAUUUCAAAUCGACGUGAUUUCCGCCAAAUGACGCGACAAAAUCGUCUCAGGAAUGUCUUCGCCGCAGGAAAUGAAAUAAUUCCCCUCCCCCCAUCUCCCUUUCUCUCACUGUCUUUUUCUGUCUGCUUCAAUACUUCCCUAUGUUGUGCAUCUUCCCUAUUUCAUAUCCUUAUUCUUUUUCUUUCGUACUUUAUCUCUCUCUCUCUCUCUCUCUCUCUAUCUAUCUAUCUAUCUAUCUAUCUCACUCACAUUUUCUGGAGAGUUUCUUUUACUCUCCCUGUUACUAUAUUUUUCGCUCUUUCUCUCCCGUUUAUAGACUCCUUUCACAAUGACUCUCUCCCUCCUUAUUCUAUAUUUACUUCUCUCUCUCUCUCUCUCUCUCUCUCUCUCUCUCUAUCUAUCUAUAUCAGACAACUUCAGAAAGCUCUCUUUUCUCUCUCUCUCUCUCUCUCUCUCUCUAUCUAUCUAUCUAUCUAUCUAUCUAUCUAUCUAUCUCAAACCUUUUCAGGAAGCCCUCUUUUCUAUACUCACUAUUUCUAUCUCUUUCUCUUCGUCGAUAUUUUUUUUUCUUAUUUUUCUCUCUUUCCCAGUUCUCUCUUUUCUCUCUCUCUCUCUCUCUCUAUCUAUCUAUCUAUCUAUCUAUCUCAAACCUUUUCAGGAAGCCCUCUUUUCUAUACUCACUAUUUCUAUCUCUUUCUCUUCGUCGAUAUUUUUUUUUUCUUAUUUUUCUCUCUUUCCCAGGAUCUACUUUUUUUCUACUUUCUCUCCAUAAAAUUUUCUUUUAUCUUCAUUCUUUUUCUCUUUAACCAUAACGUUCAACUCUCUCUCUUUCUCUUUUCUCUUUCUCUUUCUCUCUUUUCUCUCUCACUCUUUCACAUUUUCUGGAGUUUUCUCUUUCUCUCUCUCUCUCUCUCUAUCUAUCUAUCUAUCUAUCUAUCUAUCUAUCUAUCAAACCUUUUCAGGAAGCCCUCUUUUCUAUACUCACUAUUUCUAUCUCUUUCUCUUCGUCGAUAUUUUUUUUUUCUUAUUUUUCUCUCUUUCCCACUGUUCCACCACAUUCUUGUUCAUAAAUCAUCUCUCUCUCUCUCUCCUUUUCUUUCUUUCUUUCUUUCUUUCUUUCUUUCUUUCUUUCUGUAUCUUUUCUUGUCUUUUCUGCUUUUCAUUUUGGUUACUUUGUUUUUCUUUUCUUUUCCUUUUUUAAUUUUUUACUUUAUUUUUUUUUCUUACUUUCUUACUCUUUCUUUUUUCAUACUUUCUCUUUUUCUUUUUCUUACUUUCUUACUCUUUCUUUUUUCAUACUUUCUCUUUUUCUUUUUCUUACUUUCUUUUUCUUUUUUCAUACUUUCUCUUUUUCUUUUUCUAAAGUUUCUUACUUUUUUUUUCAUUUUUCUUUUCUUUUUAAUUUUUUUCUUACUAUUUUUUUUUUUUUCCUCCUUCCUCUUUUUUCUUCUACCUUUCUGCUUAUUUACUUUUUUCACUUUUUUCUUCCUCUCUUUCUCUUUUUUAAUUUAUUUUUCUCACUUUUUUCUUAUUUCUUACUGUUUUUCUUUCCGUUUUUUUUUUACUUUUUUGCUUUAUUUUUUUGUUAUUUUUUCUUUCUUUUUUCUUCUCUUUCUUGCUUCUUUUCCUUUUUUUCUUUUCUUGCAUUCUUUCUCAUUUCUUUAUAUUCUUCCUUCUUUCGUCUUUUUGGUUUACUCUCUUCUUAUAUCGUCUUUUUCUUCUAAUUUUUUCUUUCUUUUCUUUUUUUUUUUUUUUUUUUUUUUUGAUUACUCCUUCAUGUUACUUCUUUCUUUAUUUUCUUUUUUCUUUCAAUCAUUUCUUCUUUGUUUUUCUUUAUAUACUCUUUUCACUCUUUUCUUUAUUGUUUUAUUUUCUUUCAUUCUUUUCUUCUUUUUAUAUUCUUCCCAAUUUGUUUUUCUUAUUUUUUCAUAUUUUUUGUUUGUAUUUUUCUUUCAGUCUUCUUGCCGUUCUGGUGUUUUUUAUUUAAUCUUUUUUUCUUUUUACUUUCUUUUUUCUUUUGUUUAUUGUCUGUUCUUUCUUUUCUUUUUCUUUUCUGUUUUUUCAUUUUUUUCUUCAUUCUUUCUUUAUUGUUUUCUUCUUUUUCUUUCAUUUGCUUUUCUACUCUUUUUCUCUUUCAUCUUUAUGUCAAAAAAUCUCGAAUUAUAA